AUGGUCCUUCUCCUCUCUGGACCCUCUCCUCAGACCUCCUCCUCUCCGGACACUCUCCUCAGACCUCCUCCUCUCCGGACACUCUCCUCAGACCUCCUCCUCUCCGGACCCUCUCCUCAGACCUCCUCCUCUCCGGACACUCUCCUCAGACCUCCUCCUCUCCGGACACUCUCCUCAGACCUCCUCCUCUCUGGACCCUCUCCUCAGACCUCCUCCUCUCCGGACACUCUCCUCAGACCUCCUCCUCUCCGGACCCUCUCCUCAGACCUCCUCCUCUCCGGACCCUCUCCUCAGACCUCCUCCUCUCCGGACACUCUCCUCAGACCUCCUCCUCUCCGGACCCUCUCCUCAGACCUCCUCCUCUCCGGACCCUCUCCUCAGACCUCCUCCUCUCCGGACACUCUCCUCAGACCUCCUCCUCUCCGGACCCUCUCCUCAGACCUCCUCCUCUCCGGACACUCUCCUCAGACCUCCUCCUCUCCGGACACUCUCCUCAGACCUCCUCCUCUCCGGACACUCUCCUCAGACCUCCUCCUCUCCGGACCCUCUCCUCAGACCUCCUCCUCUCCGGACACUCUCCUCAGACCUCCUCCUCUCUGGACCCUCUCCUCAGACCUCCUCCUCUCUGGACACUCUCCUCAGACCUCCUCCUCUCUGGACCCUCUCCUCAGACCUCCUCCUCUCUGGAACCUCUCCUCAGACCUCCUCCUCUCUGGACCCUCUCCUCAGACCUCCUCCUCUCCGGACACUCUCCUCAGACCUCCUCCUCUCCGGACACUCUCCUCAGACCUCCUCCUCUCCGGACACUCUCCUCAGACCUCCUCCUCUCUGGACCCUCUCCUCAGACCUCCUCCUCUCCGGACACUCUCCUCAGACCUCCUCCUCUCCGGACCCUCUCCUCAGACCUCCUCCUCUCCGGACCCUCUCCUCAGACCUCCUCCUCUCCGGACACUCUCCUCAGACCUCCUCCUCUCCGGACCCUCUCCUCAGACCUCCUCCUCUCCGGACACUCUCCUCAGACCUCCUCCUCUCCGGACACUCUCCUCAGACCUCCUCCUCUCCGGACCCUCUCCUCAGACCUCCUCCUCUCUGGACACUCUCCUCAGACCUCCUCCUCUCUGGACCCUCUCCUCAGACCUCCUCCUCUCUGGAACCUCUCCUCAGACCUCCUCCUCUCCGGACACUCUCCUCAGACCUCCUCCUCUCUAG